AUGAAUACGUAAUACAUGAAGUAAUGUCAUGAAUCGCAGGCUCACGGACGCUUGCACAUGCCUUGCCUUCCACGUUCUUGUGUUAUGGCACAGAAUAUGGCACAGCGUUUAUAUGGAUUGGUGGUAAAAAAUUAAGAAUUACAGAAUGAACCUUGUAGAAGUGCUGCGAGAAAAAAGAAUAUACGUGUAAAAAGUACAUGCAUAGUGUGAAUAUGAUAAAGAAAGGGUCGAAACGUAAGACCUCUGCGCAGGAAAAUGAUACCACAGACUCGCGAAAGGAGGUUAAAAGGGGGAAGAAGGAUUAUCCUGUGAGUGGCGAAUGUAGUAAAGAUAUAGUAAAAGAAUUUAGUACGUUGACUAGCGUGAAGCAAACUAGACUGAAAGGCUUUAAACAGUUUCUUACAACUAUAAAAAAGGCAGAAGUAAAAAAUGAAAUCAUCUCUAUAUAUUUACAAAGUCAUCCUGACUGUUCGGAGAUGUUUGAUGUUCUCAAGGAGAGUCCUGAGCAAAGAUCAGUAUUUGAGGUUCAAGUAGUUCUUGAAAUCUUUGAAGUAAUAAUUCUUCAGCUUGUUGGAGGUGAUAUCAGGACAAAGACACAGGCAACAGCAAUUGUCUCAAUAUUUCUGGCCAAUCACAGAAAGCUUGUUUACAAUUGUUUGAAUUCUACGUCACCUUCAAAUGUUACCAUAGCAAUGCUAAGGUUGUUGACAGCCUUUGUUAUGCAUGGUCAGGCCAUAACAAGAGAACUUUUGACUACAUUUGAUUUCUCACAUAAAACAUUUGGUACACUUGUGAACAGAAGAGAUAAAAAGAGUAUCGCCGAUGUUCGCACUUGCUUUAUAAAGUUCGUGCUGUCUUUAUUUGUUACUGGAGAUGCUUCUUUGGUUCAUCAAAUUCUUCAUAUUAGAGGUUUUGCCACUUCUAUCUUAAAAAGCCUUCACAAAGAUUCAGCGGAGGUAAUUCAAUUGGUCCUGUCGACACUUCUUGCCAAGGUUGUUCAAAACAGUUCAAUUUUGAAGAAGAAUAAAAUUCUUCUUUUCACUUCGCAUUCACUCUCGCAACUGGCAAAACUGUAUUCGUAUGAAACUGACAGUUCUAUCAGAGAAACGGUGCAUUUGUUCCUGCUGGAGUUAUGUACUUCAAAAAAUGGGAUUGCAUUUGACAAUAAACAAGGAAUAUUUUCAGUGGGAUCAAACAAUCCAGUUUUAUUGAGAUUCCUUCAUUCCUUACCAAAGACGCUCGAUGAUGAUUUACUAAUAGAACUAAUCAUAAGGAUUCUUCAAAACUCCCAAGACCUGGUUUCACCAUAUUUGACUGGUUAUCAAAUGGCUCUGGAACCUCGUAACUCGCAGCAAUGGAUAAACAACUUUGUUUUUCUCAUCAAGUUAUAUUUUCACCUCCCAAUGCCUUCGACUGUGUUAAACGUUCCCUCAAUUUCUCCGGAUCAGGUUGCCAGCUCAGGUAUUCUGAGAGUUUUGUGUCCAGAAAAUUUGAAACGGAGCAUCCUGACUCGUGGGCUUCAGCACCCAGAUGUUGUAAUUCAAGGUACAACCCUUAGUAUGCUGUUGGUUAUUCUCAAACGUUCAUGUAACAUGCAGCUAACAAACAUUGAUAACAAGAUGCCAAUCUCAUUUUCGGAAAAUAUUCUUAAACUGCUGCCAAGUUUUCAGGUUCUCAUAUCAAUCCGCGAGAAUCUCAGCAAAAGAACUAAACAAGAGGAAAGUGUUAAAGAUCAUUCCACACCGUUGUCAAUCGAAGAAGCAACAAUCAUUCUUUCGCGAAUUCUUGCUUGUAUGCGGUUAUAUCAAAUAAUUUCACCUCAUUGUUUUAUCAUGUCAAACUAUGAUCCCUGGAAACUCCUUCCUCGAAACCCUGAUGAGGAAUUGUUUUUUAAUGUUUCAUCAAAAUAUUCCAUGCUGAAAAUCUUUCUAAGAUGUCCAAGUCAAAAUUUUAAGUGGCAUGCGCAGUCUAAAACGGACACAGCUGCGUAUUUCCGCCAAGUUUUACAGAUGUACCAUCAAGGUGAAGAUUCCUUUAUUCAGAGGAUGACUGAAGGACUUCUUCACAAGUUCCUUGUUGAAACUGGCGUAUGUGACUUUAACAAAGACGAGGUACCCAUCUGGCUUCACAACAUAUUAGAUGGUUGUAUCGAUGACAGAGGGGUGAUUGCCAAGUUCUUUGAGAAGAUGUAUUGUCGUUUGGCCAGCGACCCUUUCGAACUUGUGGAUGCUGUGAUUGAUUCGGUUCAAGGUGUCUCCCUGAAGACUCAUUUAGCAGUGGCAAAUGAUUUAGAGAAAAGAUGCAUGCCGUAUACUCCUAUCGUUCCGUGCGCGUUGGAAUUUUUUGUUCGUGAAAUCAAGGACGAUAAUGGUCAGAAUAGUACGCCAAGAGAUUUAGAUAUUCUUGCUCGCUAUAUAAAUCUUGUUAUUCUGGAUAUCUUGGAACUUCAAGCUGAUCCAAGGCCGUUGUGUAAUUUAGUCAUGAAGAUGUUGGUUCGAAAUAGUAUGGUGCCUAUUCCUCUACAUAUGAGGAUCUUGCUUGAGUAUAUUUCGUGCUGGACUACCGUUGAAAUCGCUGGUGAACAAAAACUAACGAAAAUGGUUAAGUCCUUGAGUAGAAAGGGAAUAUCGAAUGAACAAUUUGGUCUUUCUCCUGAACAGUUCAAUGAUUAUAUUAUUACUACUGAGCACAUCGAUGUGUCAUUUGUUGUCGGUUAUCUGAAAUGCAAUCCCGUCGCUUUCUUGGAUUCUAAGUAUUCAACGGGAUUUUUGGUUUUAAGUAAACUUCCAUCCUCUCUGGUUCUACGACAACUCUGGAUGUUCGUUAUGAAACACUGGAAUUCUACCUCGGCAUUUUCUACGAAUGUCGAGUUACUAGAAACAUUCAAAGCUAUUGUAGAUGUAAUACUACUUGUAGUGACAGAGGAGAAGAGAGAAUCAUGGGAACGAACCGUUUCAUCUGCUCUGUGGCUUGCAACUAACGUCGUUAACAUGUCGUCUGAAAUUCCUGGGGAUAAACUGUUCUUCACAGAAAUUAUGAGAACUAUCACGGAGGUUUUGCGGAUAACGUACGACCAACUACGAUCAGAGACAAAUGGCGUAUCCUGCGAUGACAAGCGUGUUGAUGAUGUAACAAAUAAUAGCGACGUUAAUUAUCUUAUAAACGAUGACGAUUUUGCUACUGACGUAAUCCACAGUGAUGUUAUAAAUGUCAUUGAUAGGACUUGUGCGAAAAAUGGAAAAGUCAACGUUCAAGAUAACGGACGACUCUCGGCAAGGCUGAUGAAAAAGGUUUUUGUACAGGAUACUUUCAUAAAAAUGUAUUGUACAUCUAACUCAGCGAAAGAUGAUCCGUGGUUGCGUCAUGUAUAUGGGAUAUUAUCGAACUGUAUUUCGUAUCUAAUGGUGCAUUUCCGUGAAGAAAUAUUAGAGGAACAAAACUAUGAAUAUUUGAAUCAAUAUUUCAUUCGUAUAUCACAAGCGGUGAAAGAGAAUGCUUUUCGUCAAAAAAUUGCUGAUGAGGAGCUUCCAUACAAAGUGUCAACAGCCUCUCUCUUUAAAAUGUUUCAUAAAUAUUUCCCGGAUCAAGUAUUUUGUGAGAUUUUUCAAAAUUGUCUGGCGUUUCCAAAGGAACACUUCAUGGAGGAGAAUGUUUUGAGUACAAACGGUGAAACGCUAAUCGACGUGGUGGAGUGUUUUCUGGAAAGAGAGGAGGCUCAUCUUAGCGAUACAACGCCCACACAAGUUUUGGAUGGAAUUCUUCAACUUCUUAUGUCCAUAAACCAUCCAAAGUGCGAUGAAGUUAUAGCCAAGUUGAUCGUACGAUUCGCGGAACUGUCAGACACUAUCUUACAGGCAGUGCUGCAUCAUUGUCUAAAUCAAAAUGCUUUCAAAGUGCGUAUAGAAACGGCCGUAUUAGUUUUAUUUCAUAGACCCGAGUAUAUCAGAGAAUUGGAGCACUGGCUUAUAACUCGUAUCGACGGAAAAGGUCAGAGAAAAAAGACCAGUCCUAAUAAAGAAGCAAAAUUUCUCAAUAAUGACCUGGAGUGGAAUAUAUUUCUUCCAUUGCUGUUGUUUUAUAUUUUACCACUUAAAAAAGAACAACAAGGUAUUGAGAAGAGUGAAAAUUGUUUGAAGUACAUUUGCGAAAAAUCGUGGCUGAAAGUGAAGGAAUGGAUUCUCGAAGGAAAAAACACAAACAGAUCGAAUGAUUUGCUCAAGAUGCUGCGUCUUUUGUUGGACACCAGUAAUGUUGACGGUGAUUUUGUACGAGAUUUGUUUGCUGGAAUAAUUGCGAAAGAACAGGCUCUUGACUGUAAUUUGUAUCAGCUUGAUGCAGUCGAGUGUAUACUCGACUACGUUUUAAAGGUAUCGCCGAACGAAAAAAAGCGAGAGAAAAUGACAACAAUUUUUCUAUAUAAAUGUAUGGAUAGGUUAAGUGGAAUAAUGAAGAAUGACAGGGCAAUCGAUCCCUUAAAGCUGAAGAUGUUACAAUUUUUGGAAAAAUAUGGAAAGAAUUCCCUAAGAUUUAAAAAGAUCGAGGCAUUUUCGGUUGAAGAGUUCGUGAAACUCACCAACAAGUUUUUGAAGUCUGGUUUGAGAUUUUUUCUCACGUCUUCACAAUCGUUACGUGUUAUCGAGUUUCUUAUCAAGACCAUCUAUAAAAGUUGUCCAAGGAAGUUAUUACUUCAAGUAACUGACAUAUGUCAGCUUAUUCUCAAUCACUCGAAAUUUUUAGAAAUCUUUCUAGGAGACAAUAAAGAAGCACUUGUUGAUCUUCUUCAAACACUGGUUGAUCUGGAACCAAAAUGCUGCAAUUCCUCGCAUGUAUUUCUUAUUCUUGGAGCUUACAGUGCCACACUUGGAACAUCAGACCAGAAAUUACUUCGUCUUCUGUACACAUACGAAACCAGUCUAGAUACUUCAGCCCUUGGCAGUGUGUUGUGGGGAGAGGCCGCAAUCCAGGCGUAUCAAGCUGGAAAGAGUGGAUCCAAAACAUUGUGGCAUGAACCGAACAUCGUACAAGUUCUUGAUCUCUUGGAUUCCAAACUCCUCUUACAAUCAGCUAAACAUUUUCCUCAAGAAAAGUCACUUCAGCCUGUCACUUGUGAAGAUUUUGGUCUUGACGCUCAAUAUUAUGAUCCAUCGUUUCUUCUGCCUAUUUUCAGCUUCUUUAUGGGACCAGGUUGUGAAGUAAAUUGUCGAAGAUUCAUAGAAAGCUCAGCUUUGGCCUAUACGUUUAGUGCAUUGACCUCUCAUCGUAAAGAAAUACGUCAAUUGGCAUACCAAAUAUUGUCAAGGUUUCAGAACCAUCUUUCUACAGCGAGAUUUCGAGAGAAGCAACAAGUUGUUCAUUUGCUACAUUAUUUUCAAAAUGGAAUAACGGAAGCGAACUUCCAGAUUUCUAGUUUGAUGUCAUCGUUUAUGGCGAGGGCAUUGCAUAUCUUCUUUUAUCCAGAAGAUCCACUGUAUUCAAGUGUGAACAGUUACAUGUUGCAAAAAGCUUUUAUGGAUCUGCGCGAUGUCCCUUUAUUUCUUUCUCACCUUAAUAAUUCUGACCUCACGUACCGUACCGAACGUACCUGGUUACUUCAUCUUAUCCUCGAUGGGUUAAGGGAUACCACAGAUUACUAUAUACUAAAAAAAAUUCACGUAUUUCAACAACUUUUAACUCUUUAUGACUGCGCCAUUGUGGAUAUAGGCGUACAGAAACUGAUUUUGAAAAUUGUACAUAAAGCUUGUCGACAUCAUGCAGUCAUUUUCGAUCUCUGUCAGAAUUAUGGAUUUAUUUCUUGGCUACAUAUACUACUCAACGAAAACAGGAGUAAUUCUGAUUGCUUUCAUCACCUAAUGGAUAUUUUAACGAUGGUAUGGUUCACCCUGCUUGGCCAAUACAGUUCGCGCGAGGAACAGGCAAAUAGUGUUAAUCAAACGUUGAACAAUCGACCUCACGUCCCAGAGAAUGCGCCUUCUCAACUGUUGAUGUUCUUGUUAAGGCUUUUACAGUCAGAUUCAAGUCUAGAAAUAUGGAGUGACGACAUAUUUUUGUCUUUUACUCGUCUGCUGUUAUCAUUGCUGAACUACCAACGGAGUUGUCGGACUGCCACAGCUAAAGUAAACGUUACCAAACAACACUUCGUGGAGAUGUGUCGGAUAUGGCAUAUGUUAUUUACAAACAUUGAUAUCCAUACCAAACAAGAAGUAUUGUUUGCAGGACUAUCGCCGUCAUCGGACACUUUUACAGCGGAAAAAUGGUUUGAUUCCUUGAGAUGCAUCGUGGAAAUAUCAGCUUACUUAGAUGGAAUGCGUCAUGGGAUAGAACCACUAAACAAUUUCCGAAUGCUUCUAAGUUUAACUGGAAGUUAUAAUACAUACAUUAAUUUAUUCAUACAGAGGAAAAUUCGCAAUGCUUUGCAUGCAUUCAUGACCAUUUCAGAUUCUACUUUACUAUCUGACAUAUUUUUUAAGUAAGAUAGUCCAUAAAAAUUUGCAGCAGUUUCAAUUCUGCUAAAGAAACCGUAAUUAUAUCAACCGUGUAGCGGGUGUUUAUUAUUUUAUUUUAUAUAUAAAUUGGUAUGCGGAUUAACCCAAUUAUGUUUGUUAAAAAAUAAACCACCUUGUUCAUAUGCAUUAACAAUUAAAACCUUUCAAAACAUGGAUGAGACAAUUUUACGUUCGCAAAUGAGGAUUUUACAACAAGAGCUGUCCCUUUUAAGCUUUAUAACCGCCAUUUGUAUUUAAAUCUGCCAAUUUUUAAAGAUAGGAGGUAUUAGGAUAUCAUCGUUGUGCGCAAUCAGACAUUCGAAUUAGAUAUAAUAAAUUAUGACUUAUAAUUAUAAUAAAUCACAUCCGAAUUUUGUUGAAUUACGACGAAAUGUCACAAGUAUUUAAUAACAUUAUGAAAAACAGGCC